AUGCCGAUUUCAGAUAACCUAGUAUGGCGGAGCUCAGACAUAGCACUUUCGACCUGCCAGGUGGAUCUGGAACGUAUGCCCUGCAAGGAAGGUAUCUGUGCAAGAACAACGCUAAGCAUAAGAGCAGUGAAUGACUUUGCAGAAGAUGGAAACUUCACCAGCUAUAUCAGAGCUGAGCCAAUCCAAACAAGCGAAACAUUGUGGCAGGAUUAUACGCCAACGGAUGUCAAUGUCACGGUUCAAGACCUGCCCACAGAGAACUGCUACUCCUUCACUGAUCCACACAUCAUCACAUUUGAUGGAUGGCGUUAUGAUAACAACAAUGUGGGAACUUUUGUUUUGUACAAGAGCCUCAGCCGUACGUUUGAGGUGCAUGUGCGUCAAUGGCACUGUGGCAGCCGUCACCCCUCCGUUGCCUGCACCUGUGGCGUAGCCGCAUGGGAAGAUAAUAGCAUUGUUGUCCUCGACAUGUGUAACAGGAAGCCUCUGGAAACCAAGCCUCAGCUGAUAAUUAAAAGCAUCAGAGCCUCAUCACCACUAAAUGUCAGUGUCAUGAAGUCCUAUGGAGGGAAAAAAAUUACCAUCUCUUUCCAUUCAGGAGCAUUUGUUCGAGCUGAUGUAAGUGACUGGGGAAUGAGUUUGACAGCACGGGCACCGAGCACUGAUUUUAAUAGCACCAGAGGUUUAUGUGGGAACUUUGACAGAAACAGUCAGAAUGACUUCCACAGGACUGAUGGGAGCCCAUCGCUUUCUCACAAGAAUAGUAUGUCUGAAGAGGACUUCACAGAAGCUUGGAGAAUAGCCCCAGGGAUGAGUUUAUUUGACAAAACUCCACCUUUAUCCGAAUGGAAGAAGAAGGAACCUUAUUGUCUGUGCCACAGACAACAUGCGUUAUAUGUGCAGUCUGCCAAAACUGACCCUACUUUUCAGAAUUCUUCCCCACAUUCUAUGAGUUGCUAUUACGAGAACGGAAAUUACAUGUCUAUAAUCCCAUAUCUAGAUGUCACAGCAGAAUAUGCCUCUGACUUGGAAACUGAUUCUACUUUACAAGCUGAUGGAAAAUUAGCAACCCAGACUUUUGACCAUUUGCUUCAGACAACCAAAACAGAAGAACAUUUUGAUGACCUCUUAAAACCAAAUGGGCAGAACAUCUCCAUGAAAACGAACAAAAAUGAAAGCUUUGAGGACUUCUUUAAUCAGUGGGAGGGGCUAUCAGGAGAACAGACACAAGAAGAUAAUUGGGACUACAUCUCUGUUCCUUCUUUUGAAAGCUUGAGUCAAACCAACUUGGAAAGUUUCACUUAUUUUUUCCCAGAAGACUAUUUUGAAGGAAAGAGGCCUAAAAUCCAGGUCACAUGGCCCACUCCAAGUGGCCUCACCUCAGCUGAAGCUUUAGCGCACUGUCAGAAGGUUCUCAAACACUCUGCCAUUGGAUCAGCCUGCAAGGAACUUCUGGGCACCCAACUGGAUGUGGCCAUUGAAAUGUGCCUUUCAGAUGUACAAAUCAAAGAUGACCUUGCGUGGGGAGAAUCAAUUACUGCAUUUCUGGAAAAUGACUGCGAAAAAAGACUGCUAGCAGAAAACAUCACGGAGUGGUUUCAUUCAGAAACUGAGCUACCUGCUAUGCAUAAAGAAAUCAUCAGAGCACUCAAGUGCCCCAGUCUCUGUAAUGGUCAUGGACAAUGCACUAUGUGGGGAUGCCAGUGCUUUGAAGGGUACAAUUCCCAUGACUGUACAAUUGCCGAAAUGCACCCCGUGGAGAUCACAGAUUUGCUCAAUGGUGGUUUCUGUGAUUUACGCGUUUCUGACUGCAGCCGAACCCAUGUGUUUGGAUUUAUCUUCAGCAACACUCCUGAUCUUCACUGUGAAGUCACCAGGUUGACUUAUCACAAUGGUAAGUGGAUAUCCAGAGAACAUGAAAUCACAAAAGCGAAAUUUUUGAACUUGACAGCUGCUGAGUGUCAGAUCCCUCCUCUGAACAAUACAGGAGCAGAAGCUAUUCGUUUCAUGAGGGAUAUUGAACCCUACGCAAGAUGGCAAGUGAAAAUUUCUAAUAAUGGAUUCCAGUACAGUAAUUCGAAAGUUUUGACCUUGUAUGACGGAGUUUGCCAGGAUUGUGAAUUCCAUCAAAAUGGGCUUUGUAAAUUAAAGGAAAAUGCUUGCCAUAUAGAUGGGCAAUGCUAUGCCAAAGGCGAUUCAAACCCUACCAGCUCAUGUCUACUCUGUGAGCCUGCAAUUUCUAAAUUCACCUGGUCUAUCAAUAAAAGCAACUUGCCCCCGGUGUUCCAUGCUCCCCCUGGCCAGCUGCUAGCAUUUGAAGGAGAGAAUUUUGUUUACCAGCUGGUAGCAGUGGAUCCAGAGAGCUCGGCUGUGCUGUUUACCUUAGAAGGUGGCCCCCCGGAAGCCUCCCUCUCUCCUGCUGGCCUUCUCCUCUGGAAAGCCAGCUCUGCGGAAUCGGAGAACUUUGAAUUCACUGUGUCCGAUGAAUGCAACAUGCAAAGCAGACACUCAGUCCAGGUUUCAGUGAAGCCUUGCAGCUGUGUGAAUGGUGAAAUAUGCGUCACCAACAUUCACUUCCCUCCAGGUGCUGGUGCAUAUCUCUGCACAUGCCCCAGUGGCUUCGAAGGGGAACUUUGUCGGAACAGCAAUAAAAAUUGCAAAUCAAACCCGUGUGCAAUUGGCUCUUGUAUAGAUACAAUAGAUGGCUACAUUUGUAAAUGUCCAGCUGGUUGGAAAGGGCUUACUUGUCAAGAAGACACAAAUGAAUGUGAAGAGAGUCUUUGUUUUCCUGGUGUCUCAUGCACAAAUGCCAUGGGAUCCUAUGUAUGUGGCAGCUGCCCCAGUGGGAUGAUUGGCGAUGGAAGAAAGUGCAAGACUGAGGACACUGCUGACAGGAUGGAAGCUUUCAUUACUGAUCAUCGUCAUACCAAAGGUCAUGCAGCAGUUCUGCCAGCUAUUACUAAGUGUGCCAACAGACCUUGCUUUCCUGGAGUGCUUUGCAUUGACCGUAAGCCUCCAAGCGUUGGAUACCUCUGCGGGCGAUGUCCAGCAGGUUUCUUUGGAAAUGGGCGGAUCUGUACAAGAGCAUCUAGACCAGAAUCUAUAUCUACCCAAAGUUUGACUGAUAGAACUCUAAAGGACAUUGGAGAAGACAAGACUUUUUCCACCCAAAGUGGAAUAAAGAAAUCACAGAAGACUGAUUCUGCACACUCACUAGUCCACAACCUCAAACCAGAAGCAAGGUUCCUUACCUUCAGAUAUCCCAUAACUGUUGAUAUGCAGCUGCCAGACAAGGAAAUGGGGGAGCCUCUGCCUCAUUCAACACCUGUGAAGAAACUGCCUCUGGACUUCCAACUCUCAGACAGAUCCUUUUCAUUGAGUGAAGCAAAAAAUAUCAGCCAAAGACACCAUCUGCACCAAAUGAGUGAACCAGUUCGCCAAGGGGGAACCCAAAUCUUUUCAAACUAUGAGCUCCAGUCACAAAUUGCAGAGAACAUCUCCACUCAGCAAGAAACAAAUUCAAAGUUGUCCACUGCAGGGCUGCCUGCUGCAUGGCAGACUUAUGCCUCACUUGACAGGCCAUCUUCUGAAAAGUUGUCUCUUGGGAUGUCCACAGCUUGGGCAAGAUCUGCCCAUCGUUUCAAAGCUGAGCACCCAAGGGCAUCUGUCUUAACCAUUCCGUCGGCCUCCACAUUCCAUCUGAAGGCUUCCUUUUCUGGUAUAGCCCAGCAAAGCAGCAGCUGGCCCAUGGAGAGCUCUGGCCAAUCCCAGAUUUCCAGGAGAAAGCCCUAUGCCUCAACUGUUGACCGUUUGACACGUUCCAAGCCCAUUAAUAUGGCACUGCUUGUCAAGCAGGUCACCUGUGCAGAUAGGCCGUGUUUCACUGGAGUGCGCUGUGAGCCAGCAAAUGACAAGGAAUUCAGGUGUGGACCCUGCCCCUUUGGAUACAGUGGUGAUGGAGUUCGAUGCCAUGCACUUUGUGAUCCACCAUGUGAGAAUGGAGGAACAUGCAUCACGCGGAAUGUCUGCUCAUGUGUUUAUGGAUUUGUUGGUCCUAGAUGUGAGACAAUGGUAUGCAACAGGCACUGUCACAACGGAGGGAGAUGCGUGGCACCAGAUGAAUGCGAGUGCAAGCCAGGAUGGAGCAGCCCAUUGUGUGAGACAGCUGUUUGCAAUCCUGUUUGUCUAAAUGGUGGGACCUGCAUCCGGCCAAAUACAUGUGCGUGUCCAUAUGGCUUCUUUGGGCCUCAGUGCCAAUCUGCUUUUUGCCGUCCUCCUUGUAAGAACAAUGGACAGUGUGUGAGAAACAACUUGUGCUCUUGUAUGGAAGGCUAUGUUGGAAGAAGGUGCCAGAAAAGUGUCUGCGAUCCUGUGUGUAUGAAUGGAGGGAGAUGCAUCAGUCCUGAUGUUUGCGACUGCCCAUCUGGCUGGAAAGGAAAGCGCUGCAGUAAACCGGUCUGCCUGCCCAGCUGCUUGAACGGUGGCGAAUGCCUAGGACCCAACGUCUGCCAGUGCUUGCAAGGCUGGGUGGGCCCCCUGUGCCAGAUUCCUCUUUGUGAGCCUAAAUGCCAGUUUGGGGGCAGAUGUAUCAAGCCAAACGUUUGCGCUUGUAGAAGAGGAUAUGGCGGAAGAGGCUGUGAAAAUAAGGUACAGCAAUAUUUCCAUAACUGA